UUUCAUUCGAGUGGACCUACUCGGACAGAGCUGUUGACUCUGAUCGAAAUACGAUAUUUCGUUUCGUUGUACAGGUGUUUUUCUUCCCCCUUGUAGUGUGUUUUCUGUGACGACCAUUUUGAAAAGAACAAAACAAUCCAACAAAAACAUCGACAGUGGGCCCAAUCGUGUGACUCGACCUUUCUGGAUUUCGGUUUUCAAUUUACUAUUUACUGCCAAUUUGAGAUCAAAGAUGUCGCGGCAUUCGUAUCAUCGCGAUUCCCCUUUAACGAACUCUUCUCUGAGGAAGACGAUGUCAUUUGACAAUACAUCGAGCGAAUUCUCGCAACAGAGCGUCGUCUUUGCAAUGGAAAAGUUUUCUCGAGCCGUUGCCAACAUGGACGAAACGGUGAUGGUGCCGUGUAAGCUGAUGGAUGUGCCAGUGGGCAGCGACCCUGAAUUGGACACUCGUGUUCCACGUCGUUCGCGUGCCAUGAUUCGCGAUAUGCAAUCUGCCGAUUUGCACAGUCUUUACACAAUGCUCAAUUCUUUGAAAAACGAAUUGAUCUGGGGCAGCCGUACGACCACAGAUAACAACAUCAACAAUCAAAGCAGCAACAACAACAGUCAACGUAAAGUUCGACGACCGUCUGUCAAUUCCAUGACAUCGAUGGCAUCUUCUUCCUCUUCAACAGCGUCAUCGUCUUCUUCGUCUUCAUCAUCAUCAUCUUCUUCUUCAUCUUCUUCUUCUUCUUCAUCGUCGUCUGGAACAGGCGCCAGCUACAGCGACAGCGACUCCGAGUCGGGUCUGAUGGAUCACGAGAGCACGGAAGACUCUGGAGUUGAAGCGGAACGCGAACCAGAUGGCGAAGAAUGUGUUGAGCGGAUGGCCGACCAAUUCCGCCGGCACUUGCUCGGUCUCCAUCAAUGUUUGGAACACAUGGCCGAUGCCGCCAAUUAUCUCACCCACCGCUACCAAGUCGAAAUUGGAAGUGCUGAUUGAUAAACCUUAAUCUGCCUUUUCGAAUUUGACGGCGUUUUCCAAAAUGCGUUUCUCUCUCUUUCUCUCAAACAAUUAUUAAAAAGAAAAAAGGAAAAAAAGACAACAAAAAAAUAUGUACAUGAUUAUUUCCGCUUACUCUCUCUCUCCCCCCCCCCUUAAAAGAAAACUUUUCUCUUUUUCUCUUGUACUCUUUAUCAAUUUUUUUCAAUAUUAGAAAAAAAAGGGAAUUCAAAAAAUAAGAGAGGGAAUUAACCAAAGUAGUGCGUGAGAUUCUGCGCGUGUGUGUGUGUGUUUAACAUAUUUUUUCUUUAACUUCCUUUUUUUUUUUUUUUUAUAUUAAAUAUUGGUCCAUUGGUUUACGUUUACGACGCGAUUCCGAAUUCGAGUAAUGUUCCGCAAGAGACUUAAGAGAAUGUGCGUAAAGAUUGAAUGAAUGUUUGAGUGUUUGUUAAGCGUUUUUUUUUUUUUCCAAUUCAUCCGGCGGAGGGGAAAUAUAUCUAUGAAAGGAACUGAACAAUUAAGUAACUUUGAAAUCUCCCUCCAAUAUUUCCAAAAUUUUUAAAAAACAAAACAAAAAAUAGUAUGUUUUGUCUUCAUUUUUCUUUUGUUGUGUUAGCGCACCUUCGGUCCUUUUUUUUUUUUUUUUUGCCGAAAAUAAAAGGUGACGCACCACGUCAUUUUGAUUUGCUCACGCGUGUCUAUGGAUCACGUCAUAGGCCGGAUUUGUCGAGUAGGGAGUAGGGAGGGAGGGAAGAGAAAAAAAAAAAAUAAUAACGAAAUUUUUGCCUUGUCUAUGUUUUUAUUUCACUUAUAUACCACUGCUGAAAAUAAUUAUAUAUAUAUUAUAUUUACCAAAAUUUGAUUUGGUGCUGUUGCGCAAUUUCAUGGCUUCAACGUUAUAGCGCACAUGCAGGCCCCCUCCCCAUUUGUGACGAUGAUUUUGCAUAGUUUCCAUCUUUUUUUUCUCUUGUAGUAUAUUUAGCCUAGCUAAAAAACACACAAAUUGAAACCCAAUGAGAAUUAUAUAAUAAAAUAUAUAUUCAAAGGUU